AUCCAAUUCAAUAAUUAAUUUAUCAUGUUUUUUGAGUUGGACGACAUCAGAAGAAGACAUUCCUUGUAUUUUGAUUGUUAUAAUGCUGGUGUAUGGACAGCUGCUCCCGAAAAUUCAUGGAGAUGGAAUUACACUAGAGGAAGCAAUAUCAGGAUUACUAGGUAGUGUUGUAGGUGAGGCAUGGCAUAAUUUUUACGAGAAUUGGAAAUUAUUGUUACGAUAGUACGAAUAACCAAAUACUGUGAAAAGAAUUGGUAUAAUUUCAGCAAAGCAACAAUCAAUCUUGAGAAUUUCAAAAGAUCAAUGGGCACUAGAAUGUAAUUUGCCUUUGCUUCAGGUGGCAUUGAUUGGGCAUUGAGAUUAGCAGCAUUUAGAGCAGUCAAUCAUGGAUGGCAAAGAACUUGGGGUACAUUCGAGUAUGGGUUCUUGAGAAAGGUGCCAGGCACAAUGUUCAUUUCUCUUCUUACUGCUCCAAUCGGAAUUCCUUUUGAAGUUGCUAGAAUGGCUUAUUAUGCUGAUAAGACCUUCCCUAAGGAAUUGUAAAAAGGAUAUACCUCAUUUUUCAAUGCUUUAUGGAGAAUUCCAUUUGAAGAGGGACCAUACUAUUUCUUUAAAAAUUCUUUCCCUCUAUUUGCUAGAAACUUCUUCUAAACAUUAACUCUUUUUUACUCUUUCGAUUGGAUGAAGGAUAAGUUAUCCGUCCUUACAAGAGUAGCUGAAAUACCAUAUUUCCCAGUUAAGGUUUUGAAUUGUUUCUUGGUCUACAUACUUGGCAAUCUUGACAAGUUACUCCCCUAUCUUAAGUGACAAGA